CCGAGUUUUCCAUUUCCAGUUCCAGUUCCAGAGAUGUCGAUGCUGUGGGAGAAAAGCCAGACUUGGAGAUGGAUCGUCACCAAGACCCGCGACUCUAAACCCUUCUUCUUGGCCUUCGCCACCGUCUGCGGCGUCGUCCCCGGCGUCAUCGGCUACUGCGUCAUGCAGCUCACCAGCUCCCGCACCGACCAGCUCGAGGCUCAGCUCCGCAAGAACGCUCGCCCCGAUUCCGUCAUGAUGGGAAAAGUGAAUCGAGACAGACUAGCGGAAUAUCUGGGGGAACUCCAGAGGAAGGAAGACACGAAUGACAGGUACGUAGCGGCUCUGAAGGGAGAGACAUUGACUAGGAAUCCUUACGUGAGGAUUCAACCGGUGCAGAAGCAAGAUAGCGGGGCCAGUGAAGCAGCAAAGGCUGAUGAGAAAAAGAAAUAGAACACGCAAUGCAAUCAAAUUUUAAAGACUCUCAAGUUGUAUGGAUGAUCUUGAGAGUCGAUUCUCUUUCUCAAGUUCUUUUUUAUUUUAUUUUUUGGAGCAUUGUCUUGAGUUGAAAGGUCUGAGGAGCUUUAAGGGGGAGACUGGGCAUGUACAAUGUAAUAAGCAUGGCUUUGUCUUGUGUUCUCAA